GAGUAUUUACUGUUUCUCCCGCCGUAGAAAGUGAGUUAAAGUCAUCAGAAUGAUCCCCCCGGCGGAGUCCCUGCUGAGGUACGACACCCCGGUCCUGCAGAGCAGAGCCGUGGACAGAACCGCGGACCGGAAGACCCCCAAGGCACGGUCUCUGAAGCCCAGCCCCCAGCAGCCCCCCCUGUCCGGCCCGGUCCCCCCGCCCCCCCGAUCCCCCGGGGCCGACGCCCCUAGACAGCAGACGGAGGAGGUCCUCAACGCCCUGCUGCCCCCCAGGGAGUGGGCGGAGGCGGGCCAGCUGUGGGUGCAGCAGGUGUCGAGCACCCCCUGCACGCGCUCCGACGUGGUGCAGCUCACGGACCAGCUGGACGCGCUGCUGGGGCGGCGGCAGGCCCGCGAGACCGGCAUCUGCCCCGUCCGCCGAGAGCUGUACGGACAGUGCUUUGACGAGCUGAUCCGUCAGGUGACCAUCAACUGUGCGGAGCGCGGCGUCUUGCUUCUACGCAUCCGCAACGAGAUCCGCAUGACAGUGGCGGCCUACCAGACGCUGUACGAGAGCAGCAUGGCGUUCGGGGUCCGCAAGGCCCUGCAGGCCGAGCAGGGCAAGAGCGACAUGGAGACACGGCUCAGGGAGCUGGAGCUGGAGAAGCAGGACUUGGAGCAUCAGCUGAGCGAGCAGAAGGCCAGAUGUGAGGCGGUGGAGAAGAGAGAGCUGGAGAUCCGCCAGACCGAGGAGAGGAAGCACGGUGAGGAGAUCCAGUUCCUCAAGAGGACCAACCAGCAGCUCAAGGCCCAGCUGGAAGUAACCAUCACUCCAAAGAAAUGAGAUCCUCCGACACAAGACACCUGACCUCAUUUAAGGCCUGGACGCAGAUUUAUAAAAAACAUUCAACACAU